AUGAGUGCUUCAACAACAAAUAAUUAUCCAAUGGAUUAUUGGAAUAACGCAAAUUCAUCAAAUUUUAAUAAUUAUUAUCGACCAUUCUACAAUAAUUACAUGCCGGAUUCAACGUCGAAUCAAAUCAAUUCACAUUAUCAGAAUCAAUAUUACAAUCAAUACAACUAUGAUUAUCCACCACAAGCUCAUCAAACCUACCAUCAACAAUCGGCAAUUAAAGAGGAAAAACGAGAGGAAUAUCAACAACCAGCGAAUUCUGUACCGACAAAUUAUAAUCGUUAUCCAAAUUACCAAACGAAUUCAUAUUAUCAUCAACAAAAAUCACCUUAUCCACAACAAAGAUCACCUCAACAAUUAUAUUAUCAAUCCUCGUUAUCACCGAAAUCGAUUGGAGAUUAUAGUGAGUGUAGUCCAAAAAUCGAAACUCCCCCAAAAUCGCCAUCAGUUAAAUCAGACGAUUCGCCAGCUUUACGCGCACUAUUGAUGCGUGGUAAAACGACAUCCCCAAAAUGUGAACAAAAUGAAAAGGCAAAUGAGAAACAAAUUACAACAACUGCAAGUGAUUUUUCUGCUGUGUCAUUACCAACAAUUGAUCAUUAUUUAGAACCAACAAAAGAUUCAACAAAUGAACAUCAACAACAACCAUGCGCAAUGAUUACAAACGAUAUAGAUUCGAUUGAUAAUAAUGGAAGCUAUUUCCCGUGGAUGAAAAAUUUGGAAAAAUCAACAGCAUCGUCGAAACGUACUCGACAAACAUACACUCGACACCAAACUUUGGAAUUAGAAAAGGAAUUUCAUUUCAAUCGUUAUUUAACCAGACGACGUCGUAUUGAAAUCGCACAUACAUUAUCGUUAACGGAACGACAAAUUAAAAUAUGGUUUCAAAAUCGGCGCAUGAAAGCGAAAAAAGACACCCGUUACACGCAACAAUCUAUUUUGGAUGAUUUACAAACAUUUGAAGAUAUUAAUAUGAAUCAAACGACAACGAAUUAUGAAUCGUCAAAUUUUUUAGCUGCAUAUCAAACACCAAAAUCAUUUAUUGAUAGUACAAAAUUAAAAAAUAUACAAUCCGAAACUAAUUUAACAAUGGAAUCAUUAAUAACAUUACCUGGACCGACUCAUUGUUCUACAUAA